AUGACAGGGUGCCUUAGGAUGCUUGUUCAUUGCACUGUCCUGCUUGUUGGGCUGGGUCCCGCCAGGCUUGGGUUUGUUGUAUAUCUGAUGUGCGUCGGAUUGGCUCUUGUCAUACCCGGUCGAGGUGUUAGCGAUGCCCCUGAUCACGCUGUCGUUGGAGCUCGUUACAACCGAGUAUCCCGCAGUUUUGGGGUGCGGCAAGCCGAUGCAUGGAGAGGCAACAGUGAGGUAGAGGAGGGGCUACAAGGGGAAGAGCUGAGAGCGACUCGGACUUGCACUGGUCGUGAGUGUGGCCUCCACGUCAACAUCGACUCUGCGUCGACUCAACUUCAUGCAACACUGCUUGGCGGCCUCAAAACACACGCAAAAUGUGACGGGGAAGCGAGGACAACACGGAACAGGGGCUGGCUGGCUAUGUACGGGAUAGUACGUACGGAUAUCCCUGCCUGCCUGCUCUUUCGCGAAUUGCCUGCCUGCUCUUUCGCCCUCUCCCGCCCUCUUGCGCAUCAGCCCGCUCGCGCACCCACCCACUCGCCUGCCCACCCACUAACACUACCUCUCGCCAAUGUUCCCUUUCGCCCACGCAUUCUCUCUGACCGGCAACUCCACCUGCCCGCGCCUGGCCAUCUGUUCGCCCACUUGUCCCGACCCCGACUGUCUUGCCUGCCCUCCCGUUCACCCGUGGACCUACCACUCGCGCAGCACCACCUGCCAGGUGCAGGGCGAGUCGACCUUGACGAACGGAUCACCCAAUUCCAUGCACGGGGAAAGACCCGGCACGGAAGCACGACCAACGAGCGGACCAUGCAUGGACGAGGGCACACGGACGGUGGGCUCGCUAAGUGCACAGGCAUGAUACGCACGGCGGCGGCAAGCACGCAGGGCAAGCCGAUGAGCGAGAUCACAAUGACCAUUGUCAAGCUCACGACGACGACAAACACCAGCCAGCCCGUCGUGACCGACGAGCCACUCAUGCUCGCAAGUCUCGAGCUCGCACGGUCGCCUCCCUCCACACCUGGCUCCGGGAUCGCUACAAGUGGGAUGACCCCAUAUGUAUCUGACACCAGAGGCACCAUCCGCACCGUCCAUGCUGCCAUGCCUCGCAUGAACACCACCACCCUUGAGGCGUUCCCGCGCCCCAUGACUGUCACAGCCAGCAAGUAUCUCAAUGGGGAAGCGACAGUCGAUAUUGGCAUAGCACCGUACAAGUCCUGGACUGGCGAGCGGUCUUGCACCACGCAGAUCUUUGGUGUGCUGGGUCUUGCUGCGCUGGUGUCCACUCUCUCGCCAACGAUGAACAACACAAUCAGCCCCGCACACGACUACAAGCCAAAAUGUGCUAGUUUUGUACAAUGUAUUCUAGUAGAUCAUAAUGAAUGGGAGUUCUUCGGAUCAUAUACAAUUGUGUAUACGGGUGUCGAAGUCACUGUCAGCCCGGCAGAUGCUCAGGAAUUGCCGAAUUUGCUGAUGUGCCUCCAAGAAGACUUUGGCGAAGUCUCGAUAGUGCUCUGGCACCAUCUCCUUGAAGCACCAGAGCUCAUCGGCCCAGUCAUCUAUAACUCUAUGCUUCUUCCACUUGUGCUGGAGUUUCCUCGUCCUGGUGAUCUUCUGAAAGGGGGGAUCAUCAUUCUCAGACAAGACCAGCUCCUGCGGUUCCUCGUCGAACAUGACUGUACCCUCCUUCCAGUUGAUGCUAGGAUUCACCUCUCUCAGCCACGGGAUACCCAGUAUCAUAUCUUCCUUGUUCAGAUUCAUAACUAA